AUGAAAGAGUCUGCCAGGCAGCUCUUUGCCCCAUCUAUUGCGAGAAUUCCCAGCAAUCAGACGGUCGACAUUCCAGAAAAUGUGGACAUCACUCUGAAGGGGCACACAGUCAUUGUGAAGGGCCCCAGAGGAACCCUCCGGAAGGACUUCAAUCACAUCAAUGUAGAGCUGAGCCUUCUUGGGAAGAAGAAGAAGAGGCUCUGGGUUGACAAAUGGUGGGGCAACAGGAAGGAACUGGCCACCAUCAGAACCAUCUGCAGCCACGUUCAAAACAUGAUCAAGGGUGUUACGCUGGGCUUCCACUACAAGAUGAGGUCCAUGUAUGCUCACUUCCCCAUCAGCGUCGUUAUUCAGGAGAAUGGGUCUUUGGUUGAAAUCCAAAAUUUCUUGGGUGAAAAAUACAUCCGCAGGGUUCGGAUGAGGACAGGCGUUGCUUGUUCUGUCUCUCAAGCCCAGAAGGAUGAAUUAAUCCUUGAAGGGAAUGACAUUGAACUUGUUUCAAACUUGGCGGCUUUGAUACAGCAGGCUACAACAGUUAAGAACAAGGAUAUCAGGAAGUUUUUGGAUGGUAUCUAUGUGUCUGAAAAGGGAACAGUGCAGCAGGCUGAUGAGUAG